AUGUCUGAACCGGCGACGUCCUCAAGUAGCGAUUCUUCCAAAUUUAAUGGUGAAUGUGGCAAAGUUAGAAUAUUCAUUCGUUCGCCAACUACCUCGUUACCCGAUGACUUUUCCAUAUUAACUAGUCUUGACUCGUCGGUUCUUACUUUGAAACGGACCAUCUUCGAGACCCAUCCUACUAAACCAAACGUUCGAGACCAAAGGUUGAUCUACAGAGGAAGGGUGCUAAAUGAUUCUGAUACUAUCAUAAACGUUUUACGAAGUGAGCUGGCAACUGACCAAAUAUUUCAUUUGGUCGUCAAGCCUUCGUUUCAGACGUCUGCAGAAACCACUAUAGCUCGCUCGACAUCUACCACAACGAAUGCAAGAAUAGCUACACCCUUAACAGAUCAAAGUUUUGGUACUACAGGCUUAACUGAUUUCGCUCAGCAACCUCCGAAUCUUAACAUGCCAUAUUUUGUUCCACCUUCAGAGCAUGCACAUACAUACUUACAACAGCAGUAUUCCAUUAAUCCACAACAGCAGCAUGACGUUCCAGAACCUCGACAAGACGCUGCUGCAAGAAAUCAACGCCGAGCGGCUACUUUGUGGCUGAUUGUAAAGCUUGGUUUCUUAGUUUACAUUUUUUCACAAAAUGCUAGUACUGAACGGAUGAUUUUAUUGUAUUUUAUGGCAUUUGUAAUUUUUUUACAUCAAACUGGACGGUUACGCAUCGUGCGGAGGCGUAGACAGAGAAUCAUAGCACCUAUACCCAAUGUAGGCAAUGAUAUUUUAGCUCAACAAUUACCACAAAUGCCAGUACAGCAAAAUCCGGGAGGACUUCCAAUUCCGCAACCGGACCUAAAUAAUCGCAAUACCCCUUCUUCGUCCUCAUCAACUGCUCAUUUACCGCCAUCCCCCAUGCCAACCAAUGAUCCAAAUAACAAUGUUGCCAAUUCAUCUACAUCCUCAUCAAUUACUCUUCAAGAUGUUGAGCAUGCAUUAUGGACCUUUGUUGCUUCGUUGAUUCCGACGAACGCACCUGAUGUCGGGCAACAAGACGAUGUAGCGAUGUAUCCUCGAAAAUCAGGGUAG